AAAAUCGAAUAUAUCCGAAAUACGCCGGAAUCCCGAACUUUGCCGAAGCGCUUGUAAACAGGCACGUGGUGCGUUUCGUUCUAAAGGUAUGUGUUUUCCACUUUCUUUGCACUUAAACUGCAAUAGAUAUAUUUAGGAAAAAAGGAGAAGAUAAAUAAGGUGUAAAAGCAGAUAUCUACAUGUGUGCUUACACACAGCGGGCUAACCAAGGAAAAAGUUUUUGGGCUAUUUCAAAAUAUUAUCUUGGUAAUUAUUCUGAAAGUGUGUGAUUAUGCCUCGCACAAAGAGAACUAGAGCAAAAAGCGAAGAUUCACAAAAUGCAAAAAAGUUUAAACGUUCAAGCUCAAAUACCUUAGAUUAUGUAACUCAGAUACAGACAACUUUAAACAUUAAACAAAAUACAGAAGAAGAUAAAGAUACAUUGGAAGAAAAAAAUACAGAAGAAAAUAGAAGUACACUUGAACAAAAGAAUUCAAAAAAAGAUGAAAAUAAAAUUGAACAGACAUCUACAGAAGAUGCAAUUGAGCACAUAUCUGCAGUAUCUACAUCUAUUUCCGAUAAAUUAUUAUCAAUUGAACAAAAGCUUUGUGCUAAAUUGCAAAAUAUUACUUUUCCCUCAUCAGUACAAUAUAUUUACAAUCCACUUGAGUAUGCAUUUGAAACACAUGCUAUGUAUGUACGCAAGUAUUGUACUGGUGUAAAAAAGAUCUUGUUUGUUGGCAUGAAUCCUGGACCAUGGGGCAUGUCACAAACUGGUGUACCAUUUGGAGAAAUAAGCAUGGUGCGCGACUGGCUUAAAAUUUCUGGUCCUGUUGGACAUCCAUCAAAAGAACAUUCUGAUCGAAAAGUAAUGGGAUUCCAAUGCACACGUAGCGAGAUUAGUGGAUUGAGAUUAUGGGGCUUGUUCAAAGAAUUAUGUGGAAGUCCGGAGAACUUUUUCGAACAUGCAUACAUACAUAAUUAUUGCCCCCUUGCAUUCAUGGAUGUUAAAGCACGAAACAUUACACCAGCAGAAUUAAAGGGUGAAGGACAAAACAUUUUACAUGAGGCAUGUGACAGAUCUUUGAUAGAUAUAAUACAACUCUUGAAAGCAGAGAUCAUUAUUGGCAUUGGCAAUUAUGCAGAAAAAAGAAUACAACUUGCAGUACAGACAGCAGGUCUUUCAGUAGAGGUAAUGGUAUUGCGACAUCCCAGUCCAAGAGCUGUGGGUAACAAUAAUUGGAAAGAAAUAGCUAAGCAGCGAUUAGAAGAAUUGGGACUGCUUAAAUAUUUUGAAACAGCAAGUACUAUUGCCUAAAUUCUCUUGCGCAAAAUACAACCAUUAUUUUAAAAGUAUAAACUCAUAAAAUUCUUUUUAUUUUUUUACUUAAAACAAUAGCUAUGUUUUUUUACA